AUGGGUACGGGAGGUGGGCCAAGUACCCAAAAAGAAAAUAAUAUUUUGAACGAAGUUUUGUUUUUAAUUGGAAGAGCAGGUGUAGGAAUCGCAAAUAUACCUGAUUGCGACUUUGAGCCCGAUUCUAAUAUAGAGGAAAAAUUACUAAUUCCUCAGGUGUUUGAAGAGACAGGUGAAACAUCUGGAUCUGUCAUCACGCAAAUACCUCCAGUUCCAGUUGAAAGUAGGACUGAUAUAAUGCCUACUCCUUUUUCAAGGAGAAGACCGACCACUGUGAAAACACCCAAAGACCAAUUAACAAAUCAGAAAAUUGAGAGUGAAAAAUUGAAACAGAGUGCAUUGAAACAAGAAAUUAGUCAGGGAAUAGAAAAGCGACAAGAAGAAAGAGAAACUAUUUGA